AUGAAUCCCUUUUCAUCCUUUCUUUCUCUUUUAGUUCCACUUUUGGUCACCCUUUUACUUCUUAUUCUUUUGCUAGAACAGAUUUGGUAUUUGCGAAGGAAGCGAAAUGUCCCUGGUCCCAACAUCCUUUUUCCUUUCCUCGGCAACGUAAUUCCUUUGAUAUCAAAUCCCACCAAGUUCUGGCAACUUCAAGCUCAGCUGUCUGCUUCCGUUGGAUUUUCUGUUAAUUACGUUUUCGGUCGCUUCAUUGUCUUUAUCCGAAAUACUGAACUUUCUCACCUUAUCUUUGCCAACGUCAAACCUGAUGCUUUCUCACUUAUCGUACACCCAUUUGGUAAAAAACUUUUCGGCCAACGUAACAUGAUCUAUAUGUUCGGACAAGAUCACAAAGAUCUCCGCCGUCAUAUUGCUCCUAACUUUACUCUUAAAGCAUUGUCAACCUACACCCAGUUGCAGCAGCUCAUUAUUCUUGAGCAUUUAAAAUCAUGGGAGCGACUUUGGUCGACUGUUUCGCCCGCGGAGCCGAUUCCGCUCCGUCUUUUAGUUCGCGACUUGUAUCUCGAGACUUCUCAAACGGUUUUCGUCGGCACGUAUCUAUCAAGUGAAGCUCGGGAGAGAUUCAAAGUAGAUUAUGAUCUUUUCAAUACGGGUUUAAUGAAGCUACCCUUUGAUCUCCCUGGUUUUGCUUUCCGAAAGGCCAAGCUGGGUAUUGAGCGGAUGCUCAAAACGCUUACUCAUUGCGCUGCUGAAAGUAAAAAGAGAAUGCUCCAAGGAGAAGACCCUUCUUGUUUAAUCGAUUUUUGGAUGCAGGAAAUGGUUCGGGUAACCGCGGAGUCCAAAACACCGCCGCCGCACUCCACCGACGAAGAAAUCGGAAACUACCUAUUUGAUUUCCUCUUUGCCGCCCAAGAUGCCUCCACGUCGUCGCUCCUUUGGGUGGUGACACUCCUCGAUUCUCAUCCUGAUGUUCUCCGAAAAGUUCGGGAGGAAGUUUCGAGGAUAUGGUCGCCGGAAUCGGAUGUUCUAAUGACCGCAGAGCAAUUAAGGGAAAUGAAGUACACACAAGCAGUGGCGCUUGAGGUGGUGAGAUAUCGGCCGCCGGCGACAUUAGUGCCGCACAUUGCAGUGGAGGAUUUCCCGUUGACCGAGUGGUACACAAUUCCCAAAGGAUCGAUAGUGUUUCCAUCGGUUUACGAGUCGUCCUUCCAAGGGUUCAGGGAAGCCGACCGUUUCAAACCGGAGCGGUUCUCCGAGGAGAGGCAUGUAGACGUGAUAUUCAGAAGGAACUACCUGGCUUUUGGGGCCGGUCCACACCAGUGUGUGGGCCAAAGAUACGCCCUGAACCAUCUGGUUCUGUUCAUCGCCAUGUUCGUCACGUUACUGGAUUUCAAGAGGCACCGAACCGACGGCUGCGAUGAAAUUAUGUACACUCCGACAAUCAGCCCUAAAGACGGAUGCAUGGUUUUCCUGACAUGGCGUUGCCCACGUUACCCAAAUUUCACUCUUAAUUGA